AUGAUACGAGGUCUGGGACUCACCGUGACAGAACUGAUGCUCGCGCGAAUGACGGCAAUCAGAUAUGCGGGAAAGAAAGACAAGCCCGCACGUCUCGUGGAAAUGAUGGUCCGCUUUGGAGUUGACUUCCUGACCAUGACGCCCCUGGAAGCCGAACAGACAAAGGGGCUCAGACUGGCCAGCUCUUCCCACUGGGAUCUCGUGAUAGCCUCUGCUCCAGAUGACGGGGAGGACAGCAGUUCGGAUGAGUCAGAACUCUUCGUCGGGUGGGAUGCUGAAAAGGAGCUGGACCCACUUCCCUCCCGAGGAACCCCAGAGUACACUGAAACCGUGACCAGGCACAUAGAAAAUCUGCUGCAGUGCUACGUGUCUGUGCAGACAACGACUCAGGUAGGGUCUCUCCUGUGGUUAAGAGCGAGUCAGUCAGUCAGUACACGAGCUUAGAACCCAUUACUCCAAAUGACCAUAAUACCGCAUUUAAAGAUCCUCUUCAUCACGCAGGACCUUGUUUUAGAUGACCAACUAGAUAUAUCUCACCCUUUUAUAACAGGCACUGCAAGUCACAGCUGCGGAAGCGACACCGACACGAAGACCCAGUGGCAGCUCCGGCGUGGUCAGACGAAGAAAGCAGACAACUCCCAGACGUGCCAGGACCGGAGCAUCCCAGGUGUCCGCAGAAGGGCCAGUAGCUGACGAGCAAAGACCGAGGGACCAAGAAGCGCGACAGGAAGUACCACCAGACCCCCGGCAGUGUCUGCUAGCACUGCCGGGAAUCAUAGCCACACGUAUACCCAACAGAGAGUCUUUGGACAGGCUGCAAAAGUUCCUGCAAGAAAACCAACCUUAG